AUGGCGGCGGUGGAGCACGUUGUUGCGGACACCGGGGCUUUCCUGCGGAACGCGGCUCUGCAGGAUUUCGGGAAGAACAUCUACACGAUCCGGGAUGUGGUGAGCGAGAUCCGGGACAAGGCCACGCGCCGGCGGCUCGCCGUGCUGCCCUACGAGCUGCGCUUCAAGGAGCCCUUCCCGGAGUACGUUCGCCUGGUAACUGAGUUUUCAAAGAAAACCGGGGACUAUCCCAGCCUCUCUGCCACGGACAUCCAGGUGCUGGCUCUCACUUACCAGCUAGAAGCAGAGUUUGUGGGAGUGUCUCACCUCAGAAAAGAACCAGAGAAGGUCACAGUAAGCUCCUCUAUCCAGCACCCAGAAACACCUCUGCACGUGUCUGGCUUCCAUCUCCCUUCCAAGUCUCAGCCUAAGCAACCAUGCCAACCCACGGAGUCCAGGGAACCUGCUGCUGCAUCCCAGGAGCUGGAGUUCAACUCAUUUGUGUACUGGAGGAACCCCUUACCCAACAUUGAGCAGGAGCUUCAGGAGCUGCUGGACUGUAACAGUGAUGGUGCUGCCAGUGAGGACGAGGAGGAGGAUUCUGAAGAUGGAAAUGAUGAAGAUAGUGACGGGGAGAGUGGUGGGUGGAUCACCCCCAGGAAUAUUCAGCGGGUGCGACAGGAGCUGGGGCAGUGCACCGUCCCACUGGAUGUGCGGGUGGGCUGCGUGACCACAGACUUCGCCAUGCAGAAUGUGCUGCUGCAGAUGGGACUGCAUGUACUGGCGGUGGACGGACAGCUCAUUCGAGAAGCCCGCAACUAUGUACUGCGCUGCCACGGCUGCUUCAGGACAACGUCGGACAUGACACGUGUGUUCUGCCCCCACUGUGGGAACCGGACCCUGAAGAAGGUGUCUGUGACCAUUGGCACUGAUGGCGCAUUGCACAUGCACUUCUCCCGCAACCCCAAGGUGCUGAACCCACGUGGCCUGCGGUAUUCGCUUCCCACUCCCAAAGGGGGCAAGUAUGCCGUCAACCCCCAUCUCACCGAGGACCAGCGCUUCCCUCAGCUGCGACUCUCCCAGAAGGCCAGACAGAAAACCGACGUCUUCGCCCCUGACUAUAUCGCCGGGCUAUCGCCCUUCGCUGAGAACGACAUCUCCAGCCGCUCAGCCACCCUCCAGGUCAGAGACGGUGCCCUGGGAGCCGGGAGGAGACGCUUAAAUCCUAAUGCUUCCAGGAAAAAGUUUGUGAAGAAAAGGUGAAGAGCCUGCACCCCAGAUGAACUGGAGCAUGACUGAAGUGUGGCAGCUCAUUUCCUGCGGAGCUGGCCCAGCCGCCUUGACUGGGUUUGUGG